AUGCAGCAAGGCGAUCAGACGGUGCUGAGCUUGAGACCUGGUGGCGGUCGAGGAAACAGACUCUUUGGUUCCUCUUCUUCUUCUUCGGCGCUCUCUUUUGGCUCUCUUUCCUCUUCCGAUCUACCUCUCCUUCGUCCUCAUGGCGGUGCUCCUGCUUUUCCCUUCAAGGGUGGUGACUCGCGUUUCGAUGGCCGUGAACGUGUGAAGUACACUCGUGAUCAGCUCCUGGAACUUAAAGAGACUUCUCAACUCUCUGAAGAGAUUCUGAAAGUCAAACGGGAAACUGAGUCAGAACUAUUUGGUGAGGAAGAGACUUGGGCACGUGGGGAAAGCGUCGUGAGCAAUUUGGCUCCGGUUCAAUCCGCAAGUCGCUUCACUGAGCCAGACUCUCGUGAUUGGCGCAGCCGUUCUGCUGCUCAACCACCACCCUCUGGGGAGGAAAGGUCUUGGGAUAAUAUCCGUGAAGUUAAAGAAUCCAAGAGGUAUGUUGAAGCAAGCCAACAAGGCUCCCAGUUUUCAAGGGUGCAAUCAUCCAACCAAGGGGGUGGACCACCUCCUGUCCUCGUCAAGGCUGAAGUACCUUGGUCAGCUAGAAGAGGAGAACUUUCUGAAAAUGAUCGUGUUCUCAAGACUGUGAAAGGUAUACUGAACAAGCUAACCCCUGAGAAGUAUGAUCUUCUCAAGGGCCAGCUUAUUGAGUCUGGCAUCAAAUCUGCUGAUAUCCUCAAGGGUGUGAUAACCCUUAUUUUUGACAAAGCUGUCCUUGAGCCAACCUUUUGCCCCAUGUACGCUGAACUGUGCUCUGACAUCAACGACAAGCUGCCCACCUUCCCACCUGAAGAGCCUGGGGAAAAGGAGAUCACAUUUAAGAGGGUUCUGCUGAAUAUCUGUCAAGAGGCGUUUGAGGGCGCUGCCAAUUUGAGGGAGGAGCUUAAACAGAUGAGUGCUCCAGAACAGGAGGCUGAGCGGAAGGACAAAGAAAAGUUGUUGAAGCUCAAGACUCUAGGAAACAUUCGUUUGAUCGGUGAGCUUCUAAAGCAGAAGAUGGUUCCAGAAAAGAUUGUUCAUCACAUUGUUCAGGAGCUUCUUGGUGCCGAUGAAAAAGCGUGUCCAGCAGAGGAAAAUGUCGAAGCUAUUUGUCAAUUCUUCAAGACUAUUGGCAAACAACUUGAUGGAAGCAUGAAGUCAAAACGCAUCAACGAUGCAUAUUUCAGACGCCUUCAGGAUCUGUCAAAGAACCCUCAGCUGGAACUGCGUUUGAGAUUCAUGGUUCAGAAUAUCAUCGACUUGCGCUCCGAUGGCUGGGUUCCCAGGCGGGAAGAGAUGAAAGCAAAAACUAUAACUGAGAUUCACUCUGAGGCAGAGAAGAACCUCGGUCUCCGACCAGGUGCCACUGCAAAUAUGAGAAAGGGUAUUAUGGCUUCUGGUGGUGGACCUGUGAGUCCAGGCCCUGUCUACCCUGGUGGCCGACCUGGUGCGGGUGGCUUGAUGCCUGGUAUGCCUGGUAUUCGAAGGAUGCCCGGGAUGCCUGGGGCAGACAAUGAUAACUGGGAGGUGCCGAGGACAAGGUCAAUGUCUAGACGUGACGGGCCAGGACCUCAGCAUUCUCCAGCAAUGAGCAAGUCGGCCUCAAUGAACACGAAGUUCUUACCUCAAGGCAGCAGCGGGUUUCUGAGCGGUAAGACAAGCGCCCUGUUGCAAGGCAGUGGUUCAGCGUCACGCCCAGUUACCGUGGCAGCACCAGCUCAGCCAGCUGCACCUGUGGCUGUACCAGUUCCGGUUGAGAAACCACAGCCUAGUGCUGCUCCCAAGUUGAGCGAAGAAGUGCUCAAGAGGAAAACAAAGUCGCUGCUUGAGGAAUAUUUCAGUGUCCAGCUCCUUGAUGAAGCACUGCAGUGUGUAGUGGAGCUUGGUUCACCUUCGUAUCAUGCAGAGUUUGUGAUGGAAGCAAUCUCUCUGUCACUUGAGAAAAGCCCUCCCGUUGUUAAGCCAAUCGCCGAUCUCUUGGAGUAUCUGCUAUUGAAGAAGGUGGUCACAGCCAAGGAUCUUGCAACCGGGGUCUCGCUGUACGGUGCUAUGCUCGACGACAUUGGAAUCGAUCUCCCCAAGGCACCAAACAACUUUGGUGAGAUUGUAGGAAAGCUGAUUCUGGCUGGUGGUGUGGAUUUCAAAUUGGUUAGAGAAAUUGUAGGGAAGCUGGAGGACGAUAGGUUCCAAAAGGCGGUGGUUGAUGCAGCUGUACGCAUCGUGGAGUCAAGCGAGGAGGGGAAAUCCGUGCUGGCCUCACAGGCUGCAGACAUUGAGGCUUGUCGGAAUCUGUAA